AUGAGGCGCCUGCUCGGGGCUGGCUGCAGCCAGCUGCUGCCCCGGGAAGCCGGGCUCUGUGCUCGCAAACUGUCUGCGGCUGCUGUGGCCACCCCACGCCGCAGCCCGUGGUCCCCGGCUCUCCUGGAUGCCCCCAGCUCCUCACCCGGCGCAUCUGCGGGGCUCGCCCGGCGCCCGGCCCCAGGGUACGGGGCCCCUUGCCGCUGGGGCUCGCAGUUCAACGUGCCCCCCAGUGCCCAGUUCGUGGCCCGGCCUGUGGGGAUCUGCUCCAUGAUGAAACUGCCUGUUCAGGCGUCGGCGGAGGGACUGGACGCAGCUUUCGUCGGCGUCCCUCUGGACACGGGCACGUCCAACCGGCCGGGAGCCAGGUUCGGUCCGCGCCAGAUCCGGGCCGAGUCGGCGAUGGUGAGGAGGUACAACGGCAGCACCGGGGCAGCGCCUUUUGACUCCCUGCAGGUGGCUGACAUCGGGGACGUGAACGUGAACCUCUACAACCUGCCCGACAGCUGCCGCCUCAUCCGAGAGUCCUACCAGAAGAUAGUGGCCUCCGGCUGCGUGCCCCUCACCUUGGGCGGAGAUCACACCAUAACGUACCCCAUCCUGCAGGCCGUGGCAGAAAAGCACGGUCCCGUGGGACUGGUGCACGUGGAUGCUCACACCGACACCGGAGACAGAGCCCUGGGGGAGAAGAUCUACCACGGGACCCCGUUCCGGCGCUGCGUGGAGGAAGGGCUGCUGGACUGCAGCCGCGUGGUCCAGAUCGGCAUCCGAGGCUCCUCCUAUGACCCCGAUCCUUACAAGUACUGCCGGGACCAGGGUUUCCGUGUGGUCCCGGCUGAAGAGUGCUGGAGGAAGUCCCUGGUGCCGCUGAUGGGGGAGGUGAGGAAGCAGAUGGGGGACAAGCCGGUGUACAUCAGUUUCGAUAUCGACGGACUAGACCCCGCGUACGCCCCGGGCACCGGGACGCCGGAGAUAGCCGGGCUCACGCCUGCGCAGGCUUUGGAAAUUAUUCGUGGCUGCAAAGGACUGAACAUAGUGGGGUGUGACCUUGUAGAAGUUGCACCGAUGUACGAUGUCUCUGGUGAUGUCUUUUCGCAUAACACAGCCCUCCUGGGGGCAAACCUGCUGUUCGAGAUGCUCUGCGUGCUUCCCGGAGUGAAGACAAUGUGA